ACUGCAGAAAUAAAACAAAAGGAAAGAAAUGGAUGGUUUGUUUUAUAAUGAAGCUCUGGAUGCUGGUUUAAAUCAUCAUCAUCAUCAUCAUAAUCAUCAUCAUAAUCAUCAUCAUCAUCAUCAUCACGGCGAGGCUGGAGGGAACGGAUACGAAACCCUGACGCGCAACAUGAGCCUGAACCUCGCCGACACGCACGACGCGCUCACGCUCACGUCCCCCGACCUCCAGCUACUCAAACUCACCUCCCCGGAGCUCGAGCGACUCCUCAUCCAGUCCUGCAACGGUCUAGCGCCUACGACCCCUGUUUCCGGUCCAGCGCGCGCCUUCCCCGCUCCAAAACACGCCGCGGACGAGCACGAUGCCUUCGCCCUGGAGGAGUUUCAGUGCCACCAGAGGAUGGCCAAUAACCACGACGACGUCCCACCCGUGGCCACGGCGACGUCGUCUCACGCCUGCGGCUUUGCGGAGCAUCUGAGCCACACGUGGGACGCGUACACCGACGCGCCGCCGUGCGCGCCGCCGCAGUUCGGCUGCGCGCCGGCGCUCAAGGACGAGUCGCAAAAAGUCCCGGAGACGCCCCCGCUGUCUCCCAUCGACAUGGAGGACCAGGAGAGGAUCAAAGCCGAGAGAAAGCGCAUGAGAAACCGCGUGGCCGCCUCCAAGUGCCGGAAGCGGAAGCUGGAGCGUCUCGCGCGGCUGGAGGAGAGAGUGAGCCGGUUAACGGGGGAGAACGGGGAACUGCGCGGCGCCGCGGAGACGCUCAGAGACCAGGUCACGCAGCUCAGGCACCAGCUCCUGGAUCACAUCAAGAGCGGCUGCAAACUCCUCAGCCAGCAGCUGCAGACUGUUAAAGAGUUUUAAAGCUGUGGUACGUCUUUUUUUAUUUUAUUUUUUUUUUAAACCGAAAACAAACACACCAUGCCAGUUUUCCCUUUUUUUAUUUCAGGAUGCGGUUUACUUUUUAUUUUCCCCCAGACCCAGAAAUUCGUUUAUCGCCCCCCCCUUCCUUCUCUAAAAUGCACCUUACUCUGCACAUGUACUGUAAUUACUCCACAGCAUGCUGGGUUUGACCUGGACUUAAAAAAAUGUUCACUUAGAGAAGUGUCUAAAAUGACACACAGCUCCUUUAAUCAGAUUUGCACUGUGAGUUUUUAAAAACAACUUGUCUUCCAAUGUGCAAAGGAAGUUCAGGGGUUCCUUUCUGGUUUUCUCACAAUAUGCAGGUGACUCUAAAUUACCCCUAGGUGUAUAUAUAUGUGUAUGUGUGUAUGUAUGUGUGUGUGUGUGCAUGCAUAAUGUCCGAUCCUGGAUGUAUUCCCUCCUCAGGCCUAGUUUUCCCAGGAUAGGGAUACUCCAGAUCCACUGCAACCCUGACCGAAGCACUUACUGACCAUAAAUGAACAAAUUUUAUACUCUUGGUUUCAUCUUUUCAUCACCCCCCCCCCCACACACACACGUCUUUUUGCUAAUAUACAGUUUUGCACUGUUUAUAGGUUUUCUAUGAUCUUUGUCCUAUACAUUGUAAAGUAAAAUAAAUAAAUAAAUAAUGUAAACAUAUUUUAUACUAUCAUUCAGCCUGUACGCAGGGUUUGUUUUAUUUUCUUUUCCCAUCUCACGUCCCGUUCUGAUGAUUAGACGGCGACGUGAUGCUCCGUGUACAAAAGCGACACACUUUUCAGUGCAAUGAAAUAAACAGAGCUUCUUCGAACUUCUUGAAGGCGUACGU